GGGACCUGUGUGUGACCUUUCUGGGCGGUGCUGAGAGUCUGCCUGGUCACUCAGAAGCCACCCGCCAGAGGGGACAGGUGUGCUCCCGCUGCUCUGCUCCUGCAAGACACUUGGCCUAGAAACUUCUAGUGAACAGCCAGGUGGACGGGGCAAACCCCCCCCCCAGAACAUCCCCUUGGACCCUGCCUUCCUCAUGCCUCCUAGGACUCCCUGAGCGUGGGCACCAUGGCGGGCCCCGCGGUGCAGCUGCUGGGCUUCUCCCUGGCCUUCCUGGGCCUGGUGGGCACCCUGCUGACCACCCUGCUCCCGCACUGGCGCCGCACGGCACACGUCGGCAGCAGCCUCCUGACGGCCGUGUCCUACCUGAAGGGGCUGUGGAUGGAGUGCGUGUGGCACAGCACGGGCGUCUAUCAGUGCCAGCUGUACCGCUCGCUGCUGGCACUGCCCCGGGACCUGCAGGCUGCCCGGGCGCUCAUGGUGGUGUCCUGCCUGCUGGCGGCCGGGGCCGCGGGCUGCGGGGCGGCGGGCCUGCACUGCACCCGCUGCGCCCCCUCAGCCGCCAAGGCCGCCUGCGCGGCGCUGGGGGGCGGCCUGUCGCUGCUGGCCGGGCUGCUGAGCCUGGUGGCCGUGGCCUGGACCACCCACGACGUGGUGCAGACCUUCUACAGCCCGCUGCUGCCCACCGCCCUCAAGUACGAGCUGGGCCAGGCGCUCUACCUGGGCUUCGCCGCCUCCUCCCUCUCCCUCAUCGGGGGGACUCUGCUCUGCCUGUCCUGCCAGGGGGAGGCGCCCUCCAGGCCGCCCCCGGGGGCCCCCCGCACGCCCACCUCGGCUGCACCUGCCUACCGGCCCCCCGCCGCCUAUAAGGACCACCGGGCAUCCUCAGGCCUCUCGGCCACACACAGCGGCUACAGGCUGAAUGACUAUGUGUGAGCCUCCCACAGGCUGCCGGGGGCUCUGGCUGGGGCAGGAGGGGGACUGUCCCUCCCCCCCAAGGCACCUCUGAGGUCCCCAGGACACAAGCAGUCAGGAACCGAGGUGAGGGGGGGAGAGCAGAAGAGGAGGAGCAGGAGGAGGAGGGAAUAAAGGAGGAGGGAGAAGUAGGAAAGAGAGGAGAAGGAGUUGGAGGAGGAGGAGGAGGAGGAAGAAGAGAAAGAGGAGGAGGAGAAAAGAUGAAAGAGUCUGUUUUCUUUGUCCUUUUUCUUUCUGUAUUUAUCACGGUGCAUAUUUUCCCCUUUUUAUUGAGGGGGGUUAAUGCUUGACACCUGUGUACAAUCUCAUUAUGUACCUGCCCUCCCCCAGCAAGUUUUCAUCCUCCCCUCCCUCCCCAGAGUCCUUUGCUCUGGUGCAGUACACCGUGUCUAGUCCCCGUGUCACUGUGUGCUCUCCCUCCCCAUCCCUGCUUUAUCAAGUCCCCUUAAUACGUGAGAUCCGUGGGUCUAUCGGUCCUUCUCUUUUCGGCUUGUCUCACUCAACAUGAUGCCCUCAAGUUUCCCCCCAAGAGGAUACAAAGGAGGUGACUUUGUCCUUUCCGACAGCCAAGGAGUAUCCCGUCACAGGUAUUGCAUAGUUAUGCAGCAGGUGAUGGACUGACCACUGAGCUACAAGGCUCCAGGGGAUGGGUGGUGCUGACCAGCCAGGAAUAAAACUUCUGGGCGCUGCUGUCUGUGAAC